AUGACCACUGGCGCGCCGAUCAAGCAGGACGAUGAGGUCAGCAAGCCGUUGGAAAGUCCACGACGCGCGCCAGCGACGCCAGCCGUAGGGAAGGAGAACAUGGCCCCCAGCUCUGGCACUGUGCGCAGCAGCAAGAUGGCAGCGCCAGCGUCGCUUGGGAGGAAGGGUGGUGGGUUUAAAGAUGAGAAUGCGGCGAGGAGUGAUGGGAUGGGAACGACGAGGAGCGAAGGAGGGAAGAGUCGCAUGCCGGUGCCGUUGAGGAAUAUCUUGACGAGGUUCAACAAGUAG